AUGGCUUUUGGUGUUCUGGAACCAGCAACAGGGGUUCAGCCUUCUUCCACCUACAAGGUCGAAAGCGUCGACCAUGCUGAAAUUAAGAUCCAAGUUCGAGUUCCUCGCCCAUCAUCCUCGCAUCUCGACCCUCUUAAUUGGUCUCGGCUAAAGAAAGAACUCUUAUUUGCUACCAUCAUCCUUGGCUCCUGUUUUACGGGGUCAUUGGGACCUGUCCUCGUUCCUGGAUUCGCUGUUGUUGCCAAAGACUUGGAUGUUAAUCUGACCAAUGUGACGCUGCUGAAUGGGUCGUUGGUCAUGGCCUUGGGUGUGAGCUCUUACUUCUCUGCCUCAUUUUCCAUGGUUUUCGGAAAGCGGGCAGUCUACCUGUUCACCACCGUGCUUCUGUUGGUCUCAUGUUGCUGGGCUGCGGCUUCCAAAUCAUACGUCUCGCUGUUAGCGUCCCGUGUAUUUCAAGGAUUGGGCAUGGGCAGCUUUUUGGCUCUUGCAGGCACAGCAUCGAUGAAUGAUGUGUUCUUUGUCCAGGAACGGGGACUUCGAGUUGGCCUAUGGAAUCUCGGAUUCAUCGCCUCUGUGAACCUCACUCCGGUCAUCAGUGGAUACGUGAUUUCCAACAUGUCGUGGCGUUGGAGUUUUUGGUUUGAGGCAAUCAUGUACGGCAUCCUUCUUGUCGCUGUCUUGAUCUGUUUCCCAGAAACAUCUUUCAUUCGCCACAGCUGUGAUGUAUCAGUAACAGAGACCAUUUUCAAGGAAGGGGAAGGGAAAGAGCGCAUAGUGGCCAUCAACCCUAAUGCUCCCGAGCGAUCACGACUCUGGGCUUACUGGGGCAUCGGAUUGGACUCUGUCAUGUUUCCCGAUCGACCUAAUCUUAUUAUAGCCUGCAUCAAGCCAUGGUAUAUUCUCAUUCAUCCGAUAGUGGCUUGGGAAUGUGUGAUGUGGGCAGUGGUCUUCACGUGGACUAUUCUUGUCGGAGCCGUGGCUUCUCAAAUUUUCACAGCAGCCCCAUUUAAUAUGAGCACUGUCGCCGUGGGUAAUCUUGCAGGCAUCGCUCCCUUCCUUGGAUCGGCGAUUGGCACGUCUGUAGGUGGGUUGCUCUGUGACUUCUGUGGCAGAAGCCUGGCUAGACGCAAUUCGGGUACAUAUGAACCUGAAUUCCGCCUAUGGGUUAUGCCCCUAGCCACUGUGACCAUGGCCAUAGGCACGUUUGGAUUGGGUGCUGCAAUUGAGCAGGGGCUUUCACCAGUUGUGUGCGGGGUGUUUCUGGCAAUUUUGAACUUCGCUGUGGGUAUGGGCUGUACUGGGAUUGUAGCGUACACCAACGAUGUCGCCGCAGAGAGAGCAGGAGAUGCUUUUGGGCUUGCAAUGGUAAACCACAACAUCUACGUCCCUUCGGGACAAUAUCCCAUGGAUCUAACAUGCUUGCAGGUCAUCAAAAGCGCCUUUGCGUUCGGUCUGUCUUUUGUCUUCAAUCAAUAUCUUGCUCAGGUGGGGCCGUUAAAAUUCUUUUCUACUUUUGGAGGUGUUACUGUGGCCGUCAUGUUGACACACAUACCAAUUUAUGUCUUUGGAAAACGGAUUCGUGCUUGGUCAGAACAUCAUAAUCUGUUCCAUCGAACAGGCAAUGCUAAGCAUGGCAAUGUCUUUUGGUAG